AUGGCAAUCAACGGAUGGAACUUUGUCGUGCAGGUGUACUACAUCCCCGCCUUCUAUCAACUAGCCUACGGGUACUCAGCAACAAAAUCCGGCGCCAUGCUUCUUCCAGUCACUUUGACGCAGACGCUUUUCAGCACUCUGGCAGGCCUCGUGGUACACAAAGUUGGGCGCUACCGCGAAUGUAUCCUGCUAGGUUGGGUGAUGUGGGCCAUAGGCAUCGGUUUGAUGUCAACGCUCGACGAGUUCUCAAGCGUGGGGAAGCAAGUUGGAUACUCGCUACUCGUUGGUGCCGGUGUUGGCAAUACAUUACAGCCGGCACUGAUCGCGAUCCAGGCCGGUGUAAGUAGAAGAGACAUGGCUGUGGUUACCUCAUUCAGGAACUUCAUACGUAAUUUCGGAAGCACUAUUGGACUUGCCAUCUCCGGGACCAUCAUUAAUAACACCCUAGCAAGUAAUAUAGCUAGCCUUGGCCUGGGAGAUGACGAGUCUCGGAAGCUUCUCGCAAAUCCACAGCAAGUGCUGUCCAGCCUACCUCAAGUCGAGGCACAAAGACUGAGGGCUGCAAUCUUGCCUGGCUACAGGAGGGCGUUCCGCAUCAUCUUCCUGGUUAUGGCGGGACUUGCGGCCGUCGCAUUCUUUGUGGCGUUCUUCUUGAUGCCACAAGUAGAAUUGAGCAGGCCUGACGAUGCCAAGUUGAAGGAGGAGGCCCGUGGAAAGGAGGACAAAAAGCCAGCCGAUGAACAUAAAACAAAGGCUUGA